AUGCUAGCUGGCCUUCAUCUGCCUCGUUGCAUUGACAAUAAGAAGAAGCUCCUAAGCGCUUUGGAAAGGACCCACUCUCUAAGGGAUCUAUCUGAUGCUGCUCGGUGUCUAAGCGCAAGUAUCUCAUCGCCAUACGAUAGCCGCCUCCAGAGCAGGGUGUGUCCAUUCAAUGAGCAUCGAGGUGUUUAUUGGACACCGCCUUUGUUGACUAUGUCCCUAGCUGCUUUUGCUUACAGGACGCUUACCCACAUAAAACGCUUUGUACAAGAAGGACCGGCCAAAGCAAGUACAGGCUGCGUACUUAUAAGGAUCGAAACGUAUAAUUGUCUUUAUCCGAAUCAUCUCUGUGCACCCUCCGAGGACAACGAGUUCUACUCUCUGGAUUUGGCGCUCUUCGUUUUCUGUCCUUGGAAUCUUGAACUCGUUUCUCAUCCCCGAUGCCAUCGUCGCCUGCGAGAUCCUCCAAGGGAACGCCGCCCAAGGGGAGUCCUAGGGGAAGUCCUAGAGGAAGCCCUAGAGGAACGCCUGUGGGAACACAAUGCCAUUCACACCACUCCUCCUAUCCGUCUAUGCAUGAAACGAUCAUUCAAAAUUGAUGCAGCCACUGUAGCCGGUUGGUUCACGAAACUCGGAACUGCUCUUGUGGAGGGUGUAAAAGCAGUUGAGAGAAUCUGUUCUGUGAAACCGUACGUGACUGGCUUUUGGGAAACCAUAGACUUCGACGAGUAUUGCGCUGGACCAAUCGCAAACCCAACGCCAAAAGAAAUCGAGGGCAACGAGGUAUACAUUGUAGCAUGGGAAAAGGUCGCAAUCCUCAACUACUCGCUCUGGCCUCAACUAUGGACUCCAGCUUUUACAAAUGAAGAUGACUCAACUUGUGAAGAUUAUGGUCACGACAUUGUUGCGGAACCAGAGCACCCUAUACAAUUCGGGGGGACGUUGCGGAGCGAGGAGUAUAACUACGCGCAUGUCAUCGUAUACGCCCUUCUCGUGAUAUCCCGUGCGAUAUGCUACGUGAUCACUAGGGCGGCUCGGUAUAUGCUUCCUACUCCUUGGCGAAUUCGCAGAGACAUUGCUGCACGUUACGAGUUAUACAAGGUGCCUACUUUACAACAAAUUGCAGAUGCUAAUACCUGGGGCGGCGAUGGAGAUGAAGUUUACAAACCGCUUAGAAAGAACCUAAUACGUGGUCCUGAAGCACUAAACGCUGCGCGGAGAGCUGGGUUCACAUCUGACAUUUAA